GAUCAAGAAUUGACUAGAGUUUUAUAUGCUGAAUUGAUGAACAAUUACGAUUAGGGAGAUGAUCAACUAAUAUCGUUAUACUUAACCCUUACAUAAAUUGACAAACGUAUUCACAGUUGUUGACGUUGUUGUCAUAUCAACUUAUCAAUUGUGUGUUUCUGUACGUAAAUAUGGUGGAUAAAGUCAUCAAAUCAUGUCCAUAUGUUGUUUUCAGUGUUUGAACAAAGAAAAAAUGUUGUUGCGAGUGUUGUUUUUUCGACAAUUUAUUUUGUUGGUAUAUGUUUUUUUCACGGAAGAACAAUUACGUACGAUACAUACAUGAUGUACUGCUGCAUACAUAGCACUAUAGAUUACAUUAGAAAUCCACACCAGAAUAGGAUGUACCAAGAAAAGCUGAUUAUGGUUUCCGUAUAAACCAAUAGUAAUAUGACGAUAUAUGCUUUACGUAUGUUCGUUGGACGUAGGUGAAGAUGUGGAGGAUAAAAUUAUUAAUCAAGAUGUGACAAAAUCAUUCACUCAAAGCCAUGCAUGGCUCAGUUUUUAUCUUUAAAAAAACAAUCCAUAGCUCAGCGGCCACGUCAGAUUGACGGUGGUCUGCUUCGAACCGCCGGGAGUAGACGACAAACUAACGUUGACCAAACUCAAACUAUUAUGUGACUUUCGUGGCGCCUCUUCAACAUUUGCCGCACGUUUCUCUAGUGCUCAAGAAAGAAGCGUGCGUUUGUCUUGACGUGGCUUAUUCAAAUAGAGGCGUAUUAUAAUGGUCCCAUGAACCUCGCCGUAGCUGAUAAUUCUCCGUUUAUUACACUAUAAAUAUAAAAAAAGGCAUAGCUUUCUCUGUUUGUCACUAAAAAGCUCCCUCUUUAUCUCUCCUCCCUUUUCUCAAUUCUUCUUCUUCCCCCGCUUCUUUUUUUUUCGUCACUUUUCUCUUGACUUCCGGUGUUGGGUUUCUGAUUUUCCGACGAGGAAGAGUAAGGGAAGAUUAAAAGAACAAUCUUUCUAUGAUGGGUUGUUUCGGCUGCAGUGAGAAACCGAGCAAACGAUCGGAGACCAACAAAGGGAGAAACAAGGAUACUCUGAGAAAUAAGAACACCAUCGGCUGUAGCAGCAUCACUAAUAAGCGAGAUGAUCAGACUCACCCCUGUUCAGAUUCGUCAAAAGUCAGUCCAUAUCGAGAUGUAAACAAUGAAGGAGUUGGUAAGGCGGAGGAUCAGCUAGCUCUUGACGUGAAGCGUUUGAAUCUAAAUGACCAAGCCACAGGGAAGAAACCACAGACUUUUACAUUCCAAGAACUUGCAGCUGCCACAGGGAACUUCAGUUCGGAUUGUUUUCUUGGCGAAGGAGGUUUUGGCAAAGUUUUCAAGGGAAAACUCGAGAAACUUGAUCAGGUUGUUGCUAUCAAGCAACUCGACCGUAACGGGCCUCAAGGAAUCAGGGAGUUUGUGGUUGAGGUAUUGACAUUAAGUCUUGCUGACCAUCCCAACCUCGUGAAGCUUAUAGGGUUUUGCGCGGAGGGUGAUCAGAGACUAUUGGUCUACGAGUACAUGCCUCUAGGAUCUCUUGAAGACCAUCUACAUGAUCUCCCUCCUGGUAAAAAACCACUAGAUUGGAACACUCGGAUGAAAAUAGCAGCUGGUGCAGCAAGAGGUCUGGAGUAUCUGCACGAUAGAAUGAAGCCACCUGUGAUCUACCGUGAUCUCAAGUGCUCGAAUAUAUUGCUUGGUGAAGAUUAUCAUCCCAAACUAUCAGACUUUGGGCUGGCUAAAGUUGGACCAAGCGGGGAUAAAACGCAUGUCUCCACAAGGGUUAUGGGAACGUACGGAUACUGUGCUCCUGACUACGCUAUGACGGGUCAGCUCACGUUUAAAUCCGACAUAUACAGUUUUGGAGUAGUGCUUCUUGAGCUUAUCACUGGAAGGAAAGCGAUUGAUACUACAAGACCGCGUAAGGAUCAGAACUUGGUCGGAUGGGCACGACCGUUAUUCAAAGACAGGAGGAACUUCCCGAAAAUGGUUGACCCGUUGCUUCAGGGACAAUACCCUGUGAGAGGAUUGUACCAAGCACUUGCAAUAUCAGCAAUGUGUGUUCAAGAGCAGCCGAGCAUGAGGCCUGUUGUAUCCGAUGUAGUGUCGGCUCUCAACUUCUUAGCCUCUUCUAAAUAUGAUCCAACCAGUCCUAGCAGCAGCAGGCGAAGGAAGAACACUUAUAGAGAUGAUGAAGAGAAAAGACGGGACCUCUCGAAAGAAACAGAAUCUGAAGGACAUCAAAUCUAGUUUUUGUCUUCACCAUGACAAAUGGUGGUCACAUGUAUAAAAAUACAAAACAGUAAGAUUUUUAACAUCUCUAUUGUAUGGAUGUACAUUUUGACUCGGCUUCUGUAUGUAUAUAGCAUGAGUCUAUAGAACAAACCAUUGUUACGGGAUAUUAUUAAACCAAAAAGAUAUAUACUUUGCAAGUUCUCCCGCGCAAAGCCGUUAAGAGAGCUGAACGAAUAACCAUUUUGCUAUGCUCACGAUACGGAGUUUGCGGUUUAUAACGAACACUGAAGGAAAAUAAACACCAACCAUGGUUUUACAGAAACAGUGCAUACAGCUACCGAACGAGCAUUUUCAACUGCCAGACACAACCAAUAGACCAGUUCCAAAGGACAAAUAUCAAUUAUUCUUGAAUGCGAUUUGUUACUACUUACUCCCUAACGCGAACUGACUCAAAAGCUUGCUGCUCGGUUGAC